AUCACAAGCUCUAUCCAACUCCCUGAGACAGAGUUGACAAUGGGGAGAAUGUUAUCUCUCCUGGCUCUGGGGCUCUUGGUGGCUGGAUUCUGCCCUGCUGUCCUCUGCCACCCUAAGAGCACACUUGACAAGAAGAAUCCGAACCAGGAGGACCAAGACCAGGGGACACAUGUGGACUUCCGAUUGGCCUCCAACAACAUGGACUUCGCCUUCAGCCUGUACAAGCAGUUGACCCGGAAGGCCCCUGGUAAGAAUGUCAUCUUCUCCCCCCUGAGCAUCUCCACCGCCUUGGCCUUCCUGUCUCUGGGGGCCCGCAAUUCCACCCUGAUGGAGCUUCUCAAAGGCCUCAAGUUCAGCCUCACAGAGACUUCUGAGGCAGAAAUUCACCAGAGCUUCCAGCACCUCCGGAGCACCCUUGACCAGUCCAGUGAUGAGCUGCAGCUCAGGAUGGGAAACGCCAUGUUUGUCAAAGAGCAGCUCCAUCUGCUGGACAGGUUCACGGAGGAUGCCAAGAGCCUGUAUGGCGCCGAGGCCUUUGCCACUGACUUUCAGGACUCAGAGGCCGCUAAGAAGCUCAUCAAUGACUACGUGCAGAAGGGAACACGAGGGAAAAUCAGGGAUCUGAUCAAGAACCUUGACCAGCAGACCAUGAUGGUCCUGGUGAAUUACAUCUUCUUUAAAGCCAAGUGGAAGACUCCCUUUGACCCCCGUGAUACUUUUGAGUCAAGGUUCUACUUUAGCAAGAGGAGGUGGGUGAAGGUGCUCAUGAUGAGCUUGGAGGACCUGGCCGCACCUUACCUCCGGGACGAGGAGCUGUCCUGCACCGUGCUGGAGCUGCGGUACGAAGGCAAUGCCAGCGCACUCUUCAUCCUCCCCGAUCGAGACAAGAUGGAGGAAGUGGAAGCCAUGCUGCUCCCGGAGACCCUGAAGCGGUGGAGGGACUCACUGGAGACCAGGUGAUUCUUCCUGUCCCCCUGAGACGUCACAUCUCUCCACCUCAAGGUCUCACCAGCGUCCAGGGACAAGGGCAUGGUGAUGGGAGAACUCGCACAGGGACAGGUGGAAUUCUCACUUACUUUUCUCUGUGCUGCCUGCAUGGCUAUGAGCCUGAUUUCUUUUUUCUUCCUUUAAGAUGAUGACAUCACACAGAACAAGGGGCUGAGGCUUCCUCUGACUCCAGCCUGUUCUAAGUCAUGAGGAAUCUUCUCCACACACCCAAACACUCAUGCAUGGUUUCUCCUGGUCUCAGUCUCUGGAAGGAACAGAGAAACUGAAGGAGUUGUGAUCAUUUGAGGGCUGCAGUGAGAUGGGCUGUGACAAUCAGCUCUGCACUGCUAAACCAAUAUACGUAUUCAUUCACUCAGCAUUUGCUACAUGAUUAGUUGAGCACCUACUAUGUGUCAGACACUAAUUUGCCCCCUAACAGUAAAUCAGCAAAUAAAACACAAGAUUCCCUGCCCUCCUGGAGCUUACUUUGCAAUUGGAGAGAGGAGAGGCAAUAAAUAUAACAAAUAAGUUAUUUGAUCUGUUAGAAGGUAGAAAAUUCAGUAGGAGGAUAGAAAUUGAGUAGAGCGGAAUGAAAGAAGCAGGAAAACUGGACCUUGUGUUCAUUUGUGAUUUUAAAUAGAAUGGCCAUUAGGUGAUGCUUGAGCAUCCAUGUAACAGAGGGGAUGGGUGGAGUCAUGUUGGUAUGUUAGGGAAAAGCAUUCCUGGCAGAGGGAACCGCCAAUGCAAACCCUCUAGGCAGAACUGAGCUUGAUAUGUUCAAAGAAGAGCGAGGCCAGAGUGGCUGGAGCAGAGGGAGUGACGAGAGCGCUGAGAGAGGUCAGGAGCCCCCAGAGGGGUGGAGCAGCUUGUGU